AUGGCGCGACGGUACGAAAUCGAUGAGCUAUUAUGGCUGCGCGAAUCACCUCUGGUCAUCAAACCCCCUGGCCUACCCCCCAUUGAAGAAUGGAUGCCUCAACCUGACACUACCACCCAGCGCAAACAACAAACCACCCGAGAUCCUAAUAACCCAAAUGAACCCCCUACUACUACCACUCGACGAGGAAGCUUUUUUGAAGCUCGUCAUAUCGCCCGCGGCUCCAAUUCAGAAGACAUUAUUCUUGGACCCCCGAAGACGGCCUUUGCAUCGUCGCGCAUCGGCGGUAAAGGAUCCUUUGAUUUGACAGAUCGAACUGCGCGGCCAACUGACUCAGACGAGAAGAACGAUCGGUUCAAUUUCCGGGAUCGAUUUUUCAAGGAGAAGGAUGCCCCAGAGAAAGACUUGGAACGCCGUGAUGUAAAGCCGGGUCUAAACGGCCGGCGCGUGGACAAGGAAGAUUGGAAUGCUGGCCGCACACGUCGCACCUUCGGUCCCGAGGAGGGAGAUCGCAAACCACGAAGGAACGGGGAUUUCGAUCGAUGGGAAAACCGAGAGAAUCCUCGAGACCUCAACACUGAACGAGUACCGCAAAACAAAGACCCACGCUUUGUGAAGAAAGACGUCACCACCCCGGGAAGAACCAAAUAUGAUGGAAACUGGUUCCGCGACGAGCAGGCUCAGGAUGGUGUCGAAGCUGAUGAUGAUAAACAACCACUUCGCAAUCGAGAAUGGCGUCGUGACCGACAUGGUGUAGACCGUGACUGGAACCGAGGUGGCAAGAUGGAGCAGGAGCCGGAGUGGUUGGACAGCAAUGAACGUGAUGAGCCACGACGAGCACACACACAGGAAGAGUUUGAGCGCUGGAAAGUGGCCAUGAAGGCUGGUUCUGGCGGUGCCGCGCAAAAGCCCACCUACGAAGAGAAGACGGAAGCUCACGUGGAACCUGAUACUCCUCAUCAGCAACAGCAACCGGAGUCUCGCCGCACUGACGGAGAGAUCUUCAGCAACUCUGGCGCCCAGUAUAUGGGUGACAAUUCGAUGGAACGAUUCUUUGGCAUGCUAGGUGAUCCCAAGCCGCCCACAGUCCAGGAAGUCAGCCCACCAGCCCCUGUUGCGAUUGAAUCGCCCACCAAGAAAGAAAUCCCUAGCGGGAAGCCUGGGAAAUCUUCUCGGUUCGCAGGACUAUUCAGUCCUCUCCCUGACAGCCCUUCCAGAGGCCCCGAGCCUCAUCCUGUUCCCCAGACCCAGUCUGCGGGUACACCUCUCAGUUCCCACAGUGAUGCCGAUCAGGAAGGUUUCCAGCGGAUUCUUCAGAUGCUGGGUGGUGGCGGUGGCCGAUCAAAUAACGGCACCCCUAACCAGGCCGAUUCAUCGCAUGCAUCGCGAUCUUUGUCAAUGGUUUCGGGAGAGCAGCCCCGUGGGCCCAUGAACAUGCCAACUCCAGCGGGGUUGCGCCGCGAAUUCGCCAGCCCUCCACAGGAAAACCCAAUGGCCCAAUUUGCUGGUAAAGAUCCUCACUCUCGUGAUAGAGAGAACCUGCUCCGCCUAAUGCAACAAGUUCGGGGUGGUCCUCCAUCUGCUGGACAUUUGCCUCAGUCUCCGAAUGGCGGUCCACCACCUCCCCCUGGCCUGAUGCAAGAAAUGAUGACCCGUCCCCCGCCUGGGUUGACCGCUCAGAAAACACCAACUUUCUUAGACGACCCGGCAAUUGCCAACAUGCAGCGACCGGAUAGUGAGCAACUCCGGCGCCGAAUGGCCAACGGACCUCCCAUGGGAUAUUUCGAUGAUGGACAUUACCCACACGUCCCUCAGAACCAAGGUCCCAUGACUCCUGGGGGUUCUCGACACCCACAGGGCCCUCAACAGCAGCAGCAGCCCCCGAUUCUCCAGCGACCACCGGGCUUGGAGCACAUGCCUCCUCCCGGAUGGACUGGCCAGCCUCCUCCCCCUCAGCAAGGUAAUGGACCUAUGGGUCCCCCGCCUGGAAUUCCUGCCCCAAACCGCGGCAUGCCCCCCAACUUCCCUCCUGGCAUGAUGCCAAUGCCCAACACUCAGCCACCCAUCAACGAACGACAAGGCUUUCCGCGUGGUCCUCCUCCCGGCAUGAUGCCCCCGCCUGGAUACAUGGGUGGUCCCCCACCACCCGGAUUCCCCCCAAUGCCACCUAACCCGGAGGUUAUGAUGGGACUUGGGCCUGGCCAAGGCCCAUUUGGACCCGGCAACCCGGGACCCCAGGGUCCUCCUCCUUCCUCUCGUCACUUGCUUGAGAUGUUUGGUCAGCCCAAUGGUGGGGAUAUGCGAGGCGGCAUGGUCGGUCCUGGUCACUUCCGGUAA